UGAUGCAAUGGCUCAAUACAUGCCUUUUGUAAAAUCAAUCUAAAAUAUCGCUAUAAAGUCUCUAAAUGUAUUGCUCAUAAAUUAUUAUUGUAUCUUAAGAGUUUUUAAUUUCGCACAAUCAAACGUAUUAAAAUGUCUGUCACAGACGACUCAAAAAAGAGAGCGGAAGAGUUGAAGGAAAAGGCUAAUGAACAUUUUAAGAAACAAGAAUUUGAUAAAGCCAUUGAUAUGUAUACUAAAGCUAUUGAGGUUAAUCCAAAUGUAGCAGCUUAUUAUGGCAACCGAAGCUUUGCAUACUUGAAGACAGAAUGUUUUGGAUAUGCAUUAAAUGAUGCUUCAAAAGCAAUUGAACUUGAUGAAUCUUAUGUCAAGGGUUAUUAUAGAAGAGCUGCAGCUUACAUGUCCCUUGGAAAGUUCAAACAAGCAUUAAAAGAUUUCAAUGCUGUUACAGUUGCCCGCCCCAAUGACAAAGAUGCAAAGGCAAAAUUCUUAGAAUGCUCAAAGAUAGUUAAAAGAAAGGCAUUUGAAAAUGCUAUUGCUGUUGAAGAAACAAGAAAAUCUGUUGCAGAUUCCUUAAAUUUAGAAACAAUGACCAUUGAGGAUUGUUAUAAUGGACCUAAGUUAGAAGAUGGCUUUGUCACAUUAGAUUUCAUGAAAAACCUAAUGGAAACAUACAAGGAAGGAAAAAAAUUACAUCGAAGAUAUGCAUACCAGAUUCUCCUUGACGUAAAAGCUCUUUUUGAAAAGCAACCUACAAUGGUGGAAGUAACAAUACCUGAUGAUAGUAAAUUCACUGUGUGUGGUGACAUCCAUGGUCAAUUUUAUGAUCUUCUAAAUAUAUUUGAAUUGAAUGGUUUACCAUCAGAAACUAAUCCUUAUUUAUUUAAUGGCGAUUUUGUCGACCGAGGCUCCUUCUCUGUUGAAUGUAUAUUUACUCUAUUCGGUUUUAAAUUGUUAUAUCCAAAUCAUUUCUUCAUGUCCAGAGGUAAUCAUGAGAGUCAAACUAUGAAUCAAAUGUAUGGUUUUGAAGGCGAAGUAAAAGCUAAAUAUUCUUCACAAAUGGCAGACUUAUUUACUGAAGUAUAUAACUGGCUACCGCUAUGUCAUUUAUUAAAUAAGAGAGUUCUGGUCAUGCAUGGAGGCUUAUUCUCAGAAAAUAAUGUAACUUUAGAUGAUAUUAGAAAAAUAGACAGAAAUAGACAACCCCCUGAAAAGGGUUUAAUGUGUGAAUUACUGUGGUCAGAUCCUCAACCUCAAACUGGUAUUUCUCCCAGCAAAAGAGGUGUUGGUAUUCAAUUUGGGCCAGAUGUCACCAAGAAGUUUCUUGCUAAAAAUAAAUUGGACUAUAUUAUUAGGAGUCAUGAAGUGAAGGCCAACGGAUAUGAAGUAACACACGAUGGAAAAUGCAUAACUGUCUUCUCAGCACCAAAUUACUGUGAUACCAUGGGCAACAAGGGGGCCUUUAUAACCAUGAACGGAAAGGAUAUGAAGCCUAAGUUUGUGGCAUAUAAUGCUGUUCCCCAUCCAAAUGUGAAACCCAUGGCAUAUGCAAGCAGUCUGCUUGCUUUCAUGUGACAGUGGCCACCUUAGAUAAUCAUAGUUUCUCAGGAAAAUCAACUCUGUAAAUACAAGAGAAAUUCACUCCUUGUUACUCAAGCAUCUAUACAUAAGAAAUACCUAUAAAUGGUAUUUAUAUUUAGAUGUAUACUACUGUUUUAAUAAAUUACUGUAUAUACUUUUUAU